UGCGAAUAUAGCUUCAACUCCAGCCCAUUUGCUUUCUCUCCUCUCUCACCCACGGUUCCUCAUCAUGGAUACCACUUACUGAGGCUUCAAUUCCUCUAUGGCACCUUGAGAGCACGAUCGCGCAGCACGACUCGGCCCUCGAUUACCUUACCGAGCGCAUCUCAGGCCUCGAGUUUCCGAGUAUCGAUAGCAAUCAUGAAGGCCUCUAACAUCUUCUCCUUCCUUCCUUUACCCGUGACAAUCAUUGUCACCGUGGUAUACCUAGCUAUUUUCAUUCCUCUCCUCAUAAUCCACGAGACGGUGCCGGCGGCCCCCAGGAAUCCCACUCCCUACCACGGUCUCAAUCUCACGGAAGCGUGGCUCGACCUUGCGGAGCUGAGCAACGGAUACCAUCCGUUUAAUAGCCGAAGGAACGAUGAAGUGAGGGAUUGGCUGCUACGACGGAUUGACGGGAUAUUGAAGGCCAAUGGAGUGAAAUAUACAGCGGAGGGAAGCUUGCCCUCUUAUGGGGAUGAUAAGGCUGUCGAAGAAGCGCUCGAGGCUUCUGCAGAUCAGGAAACCCCAUCGUGGAUACCAGCGCAUGACACCGAUCUAGAAUCUGCCUCCGAGUCGAUUCAUGGUGAACUUCGGUCUAGAGCUGCAUCUCCCGCAGUUACGGUCUUCAAUGACCUCGUGGCUAAUUACACAACCAACGCUCUGAUUUCUAUAGGCCAGGGUGGCAGACGCUUAGGGAUCAGCACUUACUUUGAGGGAAACAACAUCAUUGUCUACAUUCGUGGAACUGAGGAUGAGGAGGGCGAAUGGUGGCACCCAACAGCCUCAGCCGCGGAAACUCAUGGCAAGGGUGGGGUCAUGGUCAACGCACAUUUCGACAGCGUAUCGACUGGAUUUGGGGCUACGGAUGAUGGGAUGGGCGUCAUCACUGCAUUGCAGUUGAUCAAAUAUUUUACGACAUCAGGAAAUACCCCCAAGAAGGGUGUUGUAGUGCUGUUGAAUAACGGAGAGGAGGAUGGCCUAUACGGAGCUAAGGCGUUUCUCUCCCAUCCAAUGGCAUCUUUUGUCCAUUCAUUUUUGAACCUCGAGGGUGCGGGAGCAGGCGGUAGAGCCACGCUCUUCAGGAGUACGGACACGGAAGUUACUCGGGCGUACGCGAAGGCGAAGCACCCCUUCGGUACGGUUAUCAGUGCCGAUGGUUUCGAGUCAGGAGUUGUACGCAGUCAGACGGACUACAUUGUCUUCCGCGCCAAAGGAUACCGUGGACUCGAUGUUGCUUUCUGGGAGCCGAGAGCCAGAUACCACACCGACCAGGACGAUGCAAGACAUGCUUCAUUGGAUUCUCUAUGGCACAUGCUGUCUGCGUCGGUGGAAACGAUGAAAUACCUGAGCUCGGAUACUAGCAAGGAAUUCGAUGGACCACGUCGUGAUAACGCUACCGAGAAAGUGAAGAACGGCCACGGUACUGACGGAGUAUGGUUCGACCUCUUCGGGAGAGCGUUUGCGGUUUUCCGCCUCAGAACUCUCUUCGCGUGGUCGGUCACUAUCCUCGUGGUCUCGCCUUUAGUUCUGAUGCUCGUCACAUUUAUCCUUAUCCGGAAGAAGAAGUAUUAUUUCUUCUCUAGGACAGUCAAACCUGAGGGCAGCGAAGAAGAGCCGGUCCCUCUCGGUGGUUGGCGAGGAGCCUUCAGAUUCCCGAUAGUGCUGAUUGUUUCUGCCGCGCUCACGGUGGGAGCGGCAUUUCUGAUCAGGAAAUUUAAUCCAUUGAUCGUCUACUCUUCGCAAUACGCCGUAUGGGCUAUGUCGAUAAGUCUAUUUUUCUCAGCAUUCUGGUUCAUGAUGGCUGGUUGCAACUAUAUCAGACCUUCAGCGCUUCACCGGGGCUAUGCCCUUAUGUGGAUGUUCAUACUCGGUUGGGCAGCUCUCGUUGCUGCUACGGUGUAUGAAGAUCAAUUCAAAAUGAGCGGCGGCUAUUUGAUUGUCUUCUACGAGGCUGCUAUAUUCCUGGCUACUCUUAUCAGUCUCUGUGAACUGUUUGCGCUGCCGACGAAGGAUUCGAUCGCUGAGGCAUCUCACGACGAGUACCAAGUAAGACAAGGCCUUCAGGCAGUGCCUAACUCUGAUGCUCUCAUUGCUCCAGCAGAUGAGAACGAAGACGAGAAUGUCGAUACCACUGAAACUACUCCGCUGGUUGGUGGGCAGAAUGGCCACGGCCGUACAUUUGGCACCACCUUUGCAAGCCGCUAUCGUCAAAGAAUCGCCGAAACAGGCGGAGAGGCCGAUGAGAUUUUUCCAGAUGAGCAUCAUGCUUUUGGCAAUGAGCAGAAAUGGUCCGCAAGACUUCCCACCUGGACAUGGCUUCUCCAAUUCCUCCUCAUGGGGCCCUUCAUCCUCAUCAUCCUUGCACAAGUUGGGCUCGUCAUUGUCACUGCAGUCGACCAAACUGGGACCGACGGAAGCCCCCUCCUACUCCCGUACCUUGCUAUAGCACUCUUCUCCAUCCUUCUGAUCCUUCCCAUAGCGCCAUUCAUGCACCGGAUAACACACCACAUCCCUACCUUCCUCUUCCUUGUCUUCAUCGGAACCCUGAUUUACAACCUGGUAGCAUUCCCAUUUUCAGCGAAUAACCGCUACAAAGCCUACUUCCAGCAGACAGUUGACCUAGACACGGGGAACAACACAGUAACGCUCUCUGGACUAGAGGAAUAUAUCCGCGACAUAAUCUCCUACAUCCCAUCCGCAGCCGGGCAAUCCAUCUCCUGCACCGCCAGACCCGAAAUCCGCGACGGCCUCUCAUUCUGUUCCUACGAGGGGAUCGCUCCAAAGGUAGUGGACAAUGUAGCAGAAGGCGUACCCCCAGAGAAGGGAUACAAAGACUGGCUCUCCUUCAACGUAACGCGAGCCGACGGCGAGAACAAGGCGCGCUUCCACGUUUCGGGCCGAGACACCAAAGCCUGUAUCAUCCGCUGGGACGAGCCCUUCACGGCAUUCCACGUGCACGGCGCGGCCUCGAACGAUGGGAAAUGGGACGACGUGCCGGAGACCGGCAGCGAUCAGAUCAAGCUCUGGCACAGAGACUGGGAUCGCGAAUGGGUGGUCGAUGUCGAGUGGCCGGUGAGCGAGGGCAAGAAACCAGGGGAGGAGGGACGCAGUGGGAGGGUGGUCUGUCUCUGGAGCGAUCACAACGAACUCGGUGUUAUGCCCGCGCUGGAUGAGGUGCAGCGCUUCAUGCCCCCGUGGACGAGCGCCGUUAAGAUGAUGGAUGGCUUAGUGGAAGGGAGCAAAAGAUUCAUCAUCUACACUUUAAGAUAUAUAUAA